AUGUUUAUCAAGAAGAGCCGGAGGAAGGAAGGGCGGCGGCUUAAGAAGAAGCUGGUGGCCCGGUCCGUCAAGGCCGGCCCCCAGUUCCCGGUUGGCAGGAUUGGUCGGUACCUGAAGAAGGGAUGCAACGUCCAGCGCGUGGGCACCGGCGCUCCAGUUUACAUGGCCGCCGUGCUGGAGUACCUCGCGGCUGAGGUGCUAGAAUUGGCGGAAAAUGCGGUGAGGGACAACAAGAAAAUCAAGAUAAUCUCGAGGCAUUUUUUGCUUCUUGUGAGGAGCGAUGAGGAGCACGGCAAGCUUCUGGCUGGAGUCACCAUAAUUCCGAGACAUUUGUUGGAUUAUAUGUUAUGUGGGUGA